AUGAGAAAGUUGAGAGAGGAAAUAAAAGAGUUAAGAGAGGAGCUAAGAAAGUGGAGGUUGGACGAACGCAGAGCAAGAGCGGAGAACACAACAAGAGGGGAGACAGAAAUUGGAAAAGAGAAAAAGGAGGAGGAAGAAGAGAAGUACAAGGGACCAGAAAACGAAGAAAUCAGGGGUAUGGAAAGGACGUGUUACGUUGUGGGGAACGUCACGACGCCAGUAGCAGCAAUCAGGUUGCCGAUACUCAUCGUUGAAGAUUCAGUCAAGGCUCAACGAGAAGCAGAAGCUGAGGAUAGUUCUGGACGAUCAGAUCAGAAUUCUGGACAAUUAGGUGCAGCAGGCGUCGUCCAAUUACAGUCCUCAAAAUUUGGGUCGUCCACACCUGUUAGGGCGCUCCAAAAAAGAUUAGAGGCGAACACGGGUUUGCAUGAGAAAUUUAAUACUAUCCAAUCAAAGAUAGAGUUAUUAGUAAUGGGAACAGAUUCAGAAGCAACACAUAUUGCAGAAAGAGAGAAUUUUGAGACUGCGUAUUUUGAUUUGAUCGCGCGAGUCGAGGAAUAUAUUGAGAGAGCCUCCGGUGUACGAUCUAGACCAUUGGAGACCGUAGCGGGCGGUUCAGCUACACCAUGUACAGUAUCUGAUGCACAGCCUACUGUGAAGUUGCCUACUAUUCAGUUGCCGUCAUUUGACGGAGAUUAUAAUGAUUGGCGGCAUCAUGUUAAUGCGUUGUUGGAUUUGCCAACGCCACAAAAGAAUUCUCAGGCGUCUGUACGCGAGUUUAUUGAUGAUGCAACAAAUCAUUUGAUAGCUUUGCGUGCAUUGAAGCCAGGGCACAGAGUUCAAGGUUGCACGCGCAAUCACUGCAAAAUUUGUAAAAGGAAACAUCAUCCCUUAUUGCAUCGCGAUGAUCUCCAUUCAGUACAGUCAGGUACAAGUAAAAAAUCAGAUGUAACAAAAUUAGACGCGGCGACUUCAGAAGUGACGAAUUCGGAAGUCACAAACCCGGAAGUAGUGUUAUCAUGCAUAUCAGAUCAGAACAGGUCUUUGCAGAAUGCGAUUCUCGCCACAGCUGUAGUGUCCGUUCAAGACAAUAUUGGGUACGAUCAUGAAUGUCGGAUACUCUUGGAUUCGGGAUCACAGGCUAAUUUCAUUACGGAUGCAUUCUGUAAAAGGUUAGGAUUAAAACUAUGUCCAUUCGAAGCAGAGAUAGUACUGUUAGGAUCAGUCGUCAAAUUAAUUAAGGGAAAGUCCGAAAUAAAGAUACGUUCAAGGCACAAUAAUUUUCAAAUUAGCGUUCUGUGUUAUUCAGUUAAGAAAAUUACAGAUGACAUGCCUAAUUUUCCGAUUCAGAGGGGCGCGAUUUUGAUACCCUCAAAUAUAACUUUAGCUGAUUCAAAAUUUGAAGAAAGUCGACAGAUAGAUAUGCUUGUGGGUUCAGGAAUAUUUUGGAAGUUAUUGUGUGUAGGACAACAAAGAGCAGGUCCCAGCUUGACAUGGCAGAAGACUCAUUUCGGAUGGGUUCUCGGAGGAAUUUUGACCUGGCCAACCAAUAAUACCCAAACGACCAACAGAUGUCAUUUAGUGACGAACUGUGAUUUACACGCGCAAUUAGAGAGAUUCUGGAAGGUCGAAGAGCUAGAUUCCGAGUUUAAGAAUACAAUGAAUGAAUGUGAGAUACAUUUUACAGAAAAUACGCGUAGAGAUUCUACCGGACGAUAUAUAGUGAAGAUACCAUUUUUAGAAACCAUAAACAAUUUAGGAGAUUCUCGCGAACAGGCGGAAAAGCGUUUGCGCGCAUUAGAGAGACGGUUUGUGAAACAGCCAGAAUUACGCGACCAUUAUAUUAGCUUCUUGAGAGAAUACGAAGAGUUAGAACAUAUGACUCAAAUCAGUGAGUCAAACGAUGAUAGGCCUGCAUAUUUCUUACCGCACCACGCAGUCUCUAAGGAGACUAGCACAACUACAAAAAUACGUGUUGUGUUCGAUGGUUCAGCAAAGUCUACUACAGGUCUGUCAUUGAAUGAUGUACAGAGGAUAGGGCCAGUUGUCCAAAACGAUUUAGUGACCAUCCUUAUUAGGUUCAGAAUACACCGGUGUGUGUUGUCUGCUGACAUCACUAAGAUGUAUAGGCAAAUUUUAGUCGAUUCAACGCACCGGAGAUAUCAGCGUAUUCUGUGGAGAGAAAACCCCGAUCAGCCGAUUAAUGUAUAUGAGUUAAAUACUGUUACUUAUGGAACUGCAUCUGCCCCAUUUUUAGCAACGCGUGUUUUGCGUCAGGUCGGGUUAGAUAAUUUAGAAAGGUACCCGAAUGCAAGUAGGGUUAUCAUGGACGAUUUCUAUGUCGAUGAUUUAUUGACAGGCGCGGAAACACCAUCAGAGAUACGACAAUUAAAGAAUGAAUUGUCUAAGAUACUAGGUCAGUCAGGUUUUCCAUUGCGGAAGUGGGCCACAAAUUGUCAAUUUAUUCUGGAAGAAGAUUCAAAUCUGGAAGUAAACAAGGAACUCGCGGCUGAAAGGGACCCAAAAACUCUUGGGUUAAUAUGGGCAACAAAGGCAGACACCUUACAGUGGUCAGUUUCACAGUCAGAUACGAAACGCGUCACGAAACGUAUUAUAUUGUCAGAAAUUGCAAAGAUCUUUGACCCAUUAGGCUUGGUAGGACCUGUUAUUAUACAGGCAAAGAUAUUAAUGCAACGAUUAUGGCAACUUCAGACAGGAUGGGAUGAAUCAGUGUCCCAAGAAUUGUAUUUAGAAUGGCUACGAUAUCGUUUAGAAUUAGAGCAAUUAGUCAAUAUUAGAGUCCCACGAUGCACUAUAGUAAGCAAAUACAAUAGAAUAGAAUUACAUGGUUUUUCAGAUGCCUCUCAGGAGGCAUAUGGGGCAUGUGUUUACCUGCGGUCAGAAAUGAAGCCAGGCACGUGGGAGGUUCAGCUAUUAUGUGCAAAAUCCAGAGUUGCACCUUUGCGAUCAGUUUCAAUACCUAGAUUAGAAUUGUGCGGAGCAUUAAUUUUGGUCCGAUUAAUUAAGAAAGUGAAGGAAUCACUUCCAUUGACGAUAUCGGUUGAAAGAUAUUGGACGGAUUCAACCAUUGUAAUAGCUUGGAUAAGUAGUCCACCUAAUAAAUGGAAGACCUUUGUUGCAAAUAGAGUUGCAGAAAUUCAGAGUAUCACGUUAAUUGAUAAUUGGAGUCAUAUUAGCUCAUUAGACAAUCCAGCAGAUAUUAUAUCUAGAGGAAUGACUCCUAGUGCAUUGGUGACGAGCACCCUUUGGUGGUCAGGGCCCACCUGGCUAUCUCGGGAUGCACGUCACUGGCCGGUCUCAGGUAUUAGUACAACAGAAGUACCUGAGGCUCGAGCUGUAAAGGUUUCACUUGCUGUUUUAGAUCCAAGUAAGUAUUCCAUGUUUGGAAAAUAUUCAGAGUAUUCCAGGCUAUUGCGGGUGGUUGCAUUCUGUCUGAGAUUUAUUGAUAGGAUACGGAAUAAUGCCUCACUGACUGGAGGAGCAACUCAAAACAGAUUAUCGUGUUUAGAGAUAAAUCGUGCAAGGGUAACGAUAUUCAAAUUAGUUCAGGAAGAAACAUUCCACGAUGAAUUGAUAGAAUUGAAGAGGGGUGAAAUGGUCUCAAAAAGGAGUUGUCUUUAUUCGCUUAGUCCAUUCCUGGAUGAAGGAGGAUUAAUCAGGGUGGGCGGUAGACUUGUGAAUGCACCCAUUAAGUAUGAUAAGAGGCAUCCAAUUGUUUUGCCUGCUAAACAUUCGUUCUCAGACCUCGUAAUUAGAUACGAACAUAUCAGAUUAUUACAUGCCGGUUGUCAGCAGGUGUUGGCGUCACUGCGAGAAUCAGUCUGGCUCAUAAAUGCGCGGAAUAAUGUUAGACGGGUAGUAAGAUCGUGCGUCAGGUGCUUUCGGGUUAAGCCAAGCGCUAUAGAAACUUCAAUGGGUCAGUUACCUGCUUCCAGGGUGACUCCGGCACGACCGUUUAUGACCUGUGGAGUCGAUUAUGCAGGUCCCUUUUUGACAAAGGAACGAACAAGAAGUAAGAUAUCUGUGAAGGCCUAUAUAUGUAUUUUUGUAUGCUUCGCUACAAGGGCAGUGCAUAUAGAGCUGGCAACAGAUCUGAGCACCGAGGCAUUCCUCAAUUGUUUCCGUCGGUUUAUAGCUCGACGCGGUAGAUGUAAAUGUAUAGUUUCCGAUAAUGGCACUAACUUUGUUGGAGCAAUAAAUGAAUUUAGGGAUUUGAAGAUCCUACUUAAGAAUAAGGAUCACAAUUCAGACAUUUCAUGUUUUUUGUUAAAUGAAGGUAUAGAAUGGAAAUUAAUUCCUCCACAUGCACCUCACUUUGGUGGGCUUUGGGAGAGUGCCGUAAAGUCCGCAAAAUAUCAUAUUAAAAGAGUAAUAGGUGACCAAAGGUUAACCUUUGAAGAGCUUUACACAUUCUUGACGCAGGUAGAAUCUUGUUUAAAUUCCCGUCCAAUUAGUCCUUUAUCUGUGGAUCCGCACGACACAAAUCCGUUGACUCCAGGUCAUUUUUUGAUCGGCGACGCCCUGUGUGCAUUGCCAGACACUGAUUUGAGGGACGUUGCUGUGAAUCGCCUGAAUCGCUACCAGUUAAUUCAGCAGAUGUUUCAGCAUUUCUGGCAGCGAUGGCAUAAGGAAUACCUCCAUCAAAUGCAACAAAAAUGGAAAUGGCGUACUACCUCGCAGCAGCAACCAGCUGUAGGGACAUUGGUCAUCAUCAAGGAAGACAACUCUCCCCCCUUACGAUGGUGUCUUGGCCGAGUUGUGCAGACACACAAAGGAAAGGAUGGAGUGAUACGCGUGGUCACUGUCAGGACCGCAGAUGCUACAUAUAAACGACCAAUAACGAAAAUAUGUAUAUUGCCUAUAGAGGACAAUUUAAAACAGAGCCAUGUACCAACUUAG